UAAGUUUGUCAUUUCAUCGUCCAUGAAAUGGCAACUAAUACUAAUAUUAGUUUCCACAUUUAUUCAUACACUAUAACUUUUUGUUAUGUUGCAUCAAUUUUGUUAUAUGGAUUUUUUGGGUUUGUGACUUGCCAAAUUAAACCCGGUUCUCGCUUGCUAGCUAGGGAAAAUAAGGCUUGGGUCUCUGAAAAUGGAACUUUUGCGUUCGGGUUUACGCCCAUGUACUCGAGUAAUGAUCAAUUGCAGGUUGCCAUUUGGUAUAAUCAAAUUCCGGGAGAACGAGUUGUGGUCUGGUCUGCUAAUAGAGAAACACCGGCCACCAAAAACGCCGUCCUCAGCUUCGACACCACCGGAAACCUCCUCCUCAACGACGGCCGAACCAUCCUAUGGUCAUCCAACUCCUCAACAACAGCGGCCGUAGAAGCAGCAACAAUGUCCGAAAGCGGCAACUUCAUCAUCUACAACCACUUCCAAAAACCAGUAUUCCAAACCUUCUCUUACCCAUCCGACACCCUCUUACCAGGGCAACCUCUAAACGUAUCAAUGAAACUCACAUCAACAAAGAAAACGAAAAACCAAAACCCUUCUAAUAAUGGAGGUUACUACACCUUAAAAAUGCUCCAACAACCAACUUCCUUAAGCCUGGCAUUAAGCUACAACGUACCCGACCCGCCCGAAGACGACACCCUCUCAAACUAUUCUUACUGGCAAGGGCCGGAGAUAUCGAACGCCACCGGUGACGUGGUGGCGAUGUUAGACGAGAAGGGUAGUUUUGGGGUGGUGUACGGCCCGAGAUCGUCAAACGGGGCGGUGUAUGUUUAUAAAAACGACCGUGAUACCGAUGGAUUGUUGUAUAACAAGUCAUUGACGCCGUCGACCCGCGCGGCGUCGCUACGGCGGUUGGUGAUUGAGGGUAACGGGAAUUUGAGGUUGUACAGGUGGGAUAACGAUGUGAACGGGUCGCGUCAAUGGGUACCCGAAUGGGCUGCGGUGUCUAGCCCGUGUGAUAUUGCUGGUAUAUGUGGGAAUGGUGUUUGUGUUCUAGACAGGUCUAAGACUAACUCGUCUUGUUCUUGCUUGCCUGGGACUGUGAAGAUUGGGGACGAUGAUGAUAGGUGUUUCGAGAACUCUACACUGACGGGAAAAUGCAGUAACAAAAGCAAAAACCUUACCAAUGAAGAAUUUAAAACAAUCACAGUCCAACAAACAAACUAUUACUUCUCAGACGAAUCAGUCGUCGCUAACUAUAGCGACAUCCCUACAGUCUCCAAAUGCGGAGAUGCUUGCUUAGACAACUGCGAAUGUAUUGCUUCGGUGUACGGAUUAAACGAAGAAAAACCUUAUUGUUGGGUGUUAAGAAGAUUGGAUUAUGGUGGGUUUCAGGACCCGACCUCGACCCUGUUCGUUAAGGUCUUAGCUAACGACUCGAGUUGGGAUGGGUCGUCGAGGCAACGAAGUGAUUCGAGAGGACGUAGCGAUAGAAGUGCACAUGAGAAGGCUUUGAUUAUCCCAAUUGUUUUGAGUAUGGGGGUGUUGAUUGGUUUGUUGUGCCUUUUGUUGUACUAUAAUGUUCAUAGGAAGAGGUUGAUGAAGCGAGCAAUGGAGAGUUCGUUGAUCUUUUCAGGUGCUCCGAUUAGUUUUGGGUAUCGGGAUUUACAGCAUUGUACUUCUAGUUUCACCCAAUUGUUAGGAAGAGGUGGGUUUGGGACGGUGUACAAAGGAAGUCUAGGAGAUGGGACUUGCAUUGCAGUGAAGAAACUUGACAAGAUUUUGCCUCAUGGAGAACGAGAAUUUAUCACUGAAGUCAAUACAAUUGGUUCUAUGCAUCACAUGAAUUUGGUUCGUCUUUGUGGCUAUUGCUCUGAGGGAUCACGCAGGUUGUUGGUUUACGAAUUCAUGAAAAACGGAUCAUUAGACAAAUGGAUUUUCGCCCCAAAUUACAAUCGACACAACAUACUCGAUUGGGCAACACGCUACAAUGUAGCAUUAGGCACGGCUCAAGGGAUAGCUUACUUUCACGAACAAUGUAGGAACCGUAUAAUCCAUUGCGACAUAAAACCGGAAAACAUUUUACUAGACGACAAUUUCUGCCCUAAAGUUUCAGAUUUCGGGUUAGCUAAGUUGAUGGGAAGAGAACACUCGCAUGUUGUUACAAUGAUUCGAGGUACUCGAGGGUACUUAGCUCCUGAAUGGAUUAGUAAUCGACCCAUAACGGUUAAGGCCGAUGUUUAUAGUUACGGUAUGCUAUUGUUGGAGAUUAUUGGUGGAAGAAGGAACCUUGAUAUGACUUAUGAUGCUGAAGAUUUCUUUUAUCCUGGAUGGGCUUUUAAGGAAAUGGUAAAUGAAAAGGCGAUCAAAGUGGUAGAUAAGCGAUUAGGAGUAGCGGUUGAUGAGGAAGAAGCCACAAGGGCUCUAAAGAUAGCGUUUUGGUGUAUCCAAGAUGAAGUUUCUGUGAGACCUUCAAUGGGAGAAGUCGUAAAAAUGUUUGAAGGCACAAUGGAAGUCAAUAUGCCUCCAAUGCCACAAAACGUUUUGGAGUUGAUAGAAGAAGGUUUAGAUAAUGUUUACAAAGCUAUGAAAAGAGAAAAUAAUGAUCACACAAGUACCUUUACCAUUAAUACAAAUCCCUCGUCCCGCGCCACCUGUAGUUAUUCUACGGUGUCACCCCGAUGAUAAAAGUCAAUAGAUAUUUCUUGCACGGAUGUACGUGUUAUUUGUAGGGUUCUUUGGUGUAACACUGUAACAUAGAUAGUUCAUUGUUUUGGUUUCUUCUAGGAUUAUAGACAUCAAAAUUCGAAAGGCAGAUAAACACUGUCUUGACCUAAUUUUUGCAAAAUCAUCAAUUAAUUUGGCACUCCCAGUACGUUUUAGGCCUUCAGCUCAAAAUACGAGCGUCAAAACAAAUUUUUAGAGCAUCAAAAUUGUAUCCCUUGAACCUAGUGGCAGAUCCAGAAUAACAUAGUAGUGGUUGAAAAAAAAACUCUUUUAGUGGUACAAAUGGACCAAAUUGUAUCAGAAAAACUAUAAAUUUUCUAAUAUUAUAGCA